GAUGGCGCUGUGUGGCGGCGGCGCAGCGGAGCGCGGGCGGCGGCGGGCGGCGUGACCCCGCCGGGGGGCGGCCGCGCUGCAUGGGGCCGGGGGCCGGCCGGCAUGGAGGGGGUCCUGUACAAGUGGACCAACUAUCUGAGCGGCUGGCAGCCUCGGUGGUUCCUUCUCUGUGGUGGCAUCCUGUCCUACUAUGACUCUCAGGAAGAUGCCUGGAAGGGUUGUAAGGGAAGCAUCCAAAUGGCUGUUUGUGAAAUUCAAGUUCAUCCUGCAGAUAACACACGAAUGGACCUGAUUAUCCCAGGGGAGCAGUACUUCUAUCUGAAGGCAAGAAAUGCAGUUGAAAGGCAAAAGUGGCUGGUUGCACUAGGAACUGCCAAAGCCUGUCUGACUGACAGCAGGACACAGAAGGAAAAAGAGUUCACUGAAAACACAGAAGCCUUGAAGACUAAAAUGUCUGAACUUAGACUGUACUGUAACCUCCUUGUUCAGCAAGUGCAUAAAACAAAGGAAGCCAGCAUUUCUGGUGUGUCAGAACCAGAGAGUGAGAUUGAUAUGGGAGCUCUGUUGAAAUCAACCUGUGACACUUUCCUGAAGACUCUUGAAGAAUGUAUGCAGAUUGCAAAUACUGCCUUCACUUCUGAGCUACUGCAUCAGACCCCACCUGGAUCCCCAAAUUUAGCAGUUCUCAGAACGAGCAAGGUAAAGCACUCUGUCUUGUCCAGUCACACCUCAACAGAAAGGCAGGUGGAAUUGAACUCCUGUGAAAAUGGCUGUGUAAAAGCAGAAAUUAACCAUAAAGAGCAAGCAGUUAUUAAAAGUAUGGAAUGUUUAAACUUGGAAAUGUAUGAGGGGACAGGUGACGUUCAUGUUGAAGAUCAUGUAGCAGAGGAUUUGGCAAGCGUUAAAGACAAUGGAGAGGACAAGCUGCAAGCUGUAGAAAGCUGUGGUGCCCACAAGUUGCUGCAGUCAGAAACAAAUUCUUUAAGUGGAUUGACUCUGUGUGAGGAAGAAAGAAACGAAAAUGAUUCUCCUACCUUCUUCAGUGUCAUGAGCAAUAGGUUCAGUGAUAUUGAGCUUCGGGAGGAGGAGGGCAUACCAACAGAGGAGUUCCUGGAGUCGUGUUAUGCAAUUGUGCCAGUUCUGGAUAAGCUGGGACCAACUGUUUUUGCUCCAGUUAAGAUGGAUUUUGUAGGCAACAUCAAGAAAAUAAACCAGAAAUUUAUAACCAACAAAGAAGAGUUUGAUACCCUUCAGAAGAUUGUGCUCCAUGAAGUGCAUGAAGGUGUAGCACAAGUUAGAAACUCUGCUACAGAGGCUCUCCUGUGGCUGAAAAGAGGUUUAAAGUUCUUGAAAGGGUUUUUGACUGAAGUGAAGAAUGGAGAAAAGAAUAUCCAAACAGCUCUGAACAAUGCUUAUGGAAAGACAUUACGGCAGCACCAUGGCUGGGUUGUCCGCGGGGUCUUUGCAUUAGCUUUAAGAGCAGCUCCAACGUAUGAAGAUUUUGUGGCAGCUCUGUCUGUAGAUGAGUGCGAUCCUCAGGAAGAAACAUUUUACAAAGGAAUGCAGAGGGACCUCAACAUUUACUUACCAGCCAUGGAAAAGCAGCUAAAUAUCUUGGACACUCUCUAUGAAAUACAUGGUUUGGAGUCAGAUGAGGUGGUAUGACUACAGCAAGACCAUAUCUUAAAAAUUCAGGGACCGUGUCUGUUAACAAAGAUUUCUUCCUUUUGGUUUUGGGACAUUGUUUCUGUUCGUUGUAUCUUUUCAGGUGGGAUGGGUGUUGAGUGUUUUGGGGGAAGGGUAUGUGUGAUUU